AAAAUGAGGAAAAAAAAUGGGAACAUGUUGCCUCUAUCAUUUUCAUGAUCAAACACCAACUAGAAAACUUCUUACAAUAGUAACCACUGCUCCUCAUUUCAAAGAAAAAAUUCCAACCAAAAAUGGAGGAAAAUCAAAACACAGACAUAAAUCAAACUCAACAACUUCAUUACUGGGGAAAUACACCAGAAGAAGAAUAUUAUACUCUCCAAAAUAUCAAAUCAACCAAAUCUUUUUUCACUUCACCUAGAGGCCUAUCUCUUUUCACAAAAUCAUGGCUACCAAAAAAUAUUUCUUCUCCUAAUUAUAAAGGUAUUAUUUUUAUGGUACAUGGUUAUGGAAAUGAUAUUAGUUGGAUAUUUCAAGAAACUCCAAUUUUUUUAGCAAAAAAUGGAUUUGCUUGUUUUGCACUUGAUAUUGAAGGUCAUGGCCUAUCUCAAGGUAUCAAAUCCUAUGUACCAAAUAUAAAUCUUGUUGUAGAUGAUUGUAUCUCAUAUUUUAUUUCAAUCCUAACCAAAAAUUCUGAAUUCCAAAAUUUACCAAAAUUUCUUUUUGGUGAGUCAAUGGGUGGUGCUAUUAGCUUAUUAAUCCAUUUUAGGAACAAUAUUAUGUUAAAUGGUGCAAUUUUAAGGGCCCCCAUGUGUAAGAUUUCAGAAAAGAUGAGACCAAAAUGGCCAAUUCCACAAAUCUUGACCUUUUUUGCAAGAUUUGUACCAACUUUGGCUAUUGUACCAACAACUGAUCUUUUGGACAAAUCUGUAAAAGUCCCAGAAAAGAGAGAAAUUGCAAGAAUGAACCCAAAUGGCUAUAAUGGAAAACCAAGAUUAGGGACAGUUGUGGAACUUAUGCAUGUGACUGAUUUUGUUAGUACUAAACUUUAUGAUGUAAGUAUUCCAUUUUUGGUUUUACAUGGAAGUGCUGAUGUUGUUACUGAUCCAGAAGUAAGCAAAGAAUUGUACCAGAAGGCUAAAAGUAAAGACAAGACAAUCAAGAUUUAUGAUGGGAUGGUACAUUCCUUGUUAUUUGGAGAAACUGAUGAAAAUGUUGAGAUUGUUCGUAAUGAUAUGUUGGCGUGGUUGAAUGACAGAUCCUGACUAAUUUGAAUUCGCGAUGUGCAGUGUCAAGCACUCCCUACCUUGAGUUUCUAUGUUAGCGGUACUCGAAUUUGAGACGUCUGAUUAUAAGGGUAAGGAUUACAGCGAUCUCACCCGUUCCUUGAUGUUUUUAGUCCAUUUUUAGUUUGUUGUUUUGUAAUUUUUUCCUCUUUAAAAUGUAAAUCCGAGACUUUGGUUAAGGGUUAAAGAUUCCAUCAAUCUCACCUGCUCUUUGGUGGAUUUUUAAUUAAGUUUCGGUUCAUUGUUAUUUAGAGAGACUUAUGAAGAUAUUGAGAUUGUUCGUAAUGAUAUGUUGGCAUGGUUGAAUGAAAAAAAAUCCUGAGUUGAAGUGUA